AUGUACUCAGGAAGGUUAAGAAAGUUUGGGACACCGGAGAUGCAACCAUUUAUUAGUGGCCUCAACCCAGCUGAAUUGUAUGCAGCAUUCAAGGUCGCGGAUAUCAGCUCAAACUACUGUGUUCUUAAACGUGGCAGCAUAGCCAAUGAGAAAGCUGACAUGCGGAUUAUCGAAAAGGGGCGGCUUGUCAAAGUGAACCGGCAGAUUCGGUGCGACUAA